AUGUUCCCCUGGAUGUCUCUCGAUUUACCGACCUUGUCAAGCUCCGGGGCUCCGAGAAUUACCAUGAUUGACACCACUCCAUUCACACUGCAUUCCAGAAUCAAGGCGGCAAUCCUAGCCGAUAUCCCCGAAAACAUCAGUAUCGAUGCGAUGUACGACUUCCUGCAAACCAACUACCAACCCAAACCCAAGCCACAAUUCCCCCUGCUCCUCAAAAUCCUCUCCCGCCUCCGACUCGACAAUUUCGCAUUGGUCAGUGACUAUACCCACAAAUUUAUGUCCGUCGAAAGCGAAAUGGAAUCGAUGCGACCCAAUGGUAUCUCGCGGACCGUGGUGAAUACAAUUUUCCUGGAGGGCCUUGGUCGAAAAUGGGAGGAAUUCAAACAGUGUAUGAUCGAGGACAAUCUCGCGACCAGCGAGUUCACUCCAAUGCCAUUGGGCCUCUUGGUCCUGGAGACUGAAGCCAACGAGGCUCUGAUCCGAGAGAAUCAUGCUCCUCUAGCUCCUCCGGUCACCAAGUGA